AUGCCAGCCUCAACAUCCCUAUCAACCAACGACUCCGCCGUCCUCAACGCCCUCUUCGACUCCGAAUCCUCCACAAAUGUCCCUAUCGACCCCUCUCUCCCUGCAUACCCAGACUCCCUUGAUCUGAGCCUCACCCCAGAAAGCCUCGAAUCGCUCCAGAAGAGGGAAGUCGACAUCAUCCGCCGGCUGCAAGCAGCCACCACGACUUCCGUGGACACGGUGAAAGAAGCAAUCACGGCCCUAGACACACUCAUCGAAGAACGCCCAACUUAUCCCUCCGCCUACGUGAACCGCGCACAAGCACGGCGGAUGCUCAUACCCGAUUCCAAACUCUUGCAAUCCAAAAACAUGGUUGAUAAUGAACCCGCCUCCCGUAUCCUCAACGACCUGGCACAAGCCAUCUCCCUCGCAUCCCCGAAAAUCCCCUCCGACCGCAUCUCGAAGACGCAGGCACGCGUGCUGGCAGACGCACAUACACACCGGGGAUACCUGUUCCUUAAAGCUGCCAGGGUAAAGCGGGAGGACCAGAUGGUUUCGACUUCGAUUCCUAUCUACGAAUCCCGGUCUGAAGAGGAUGCCAAAAAGACGGCGGCUGUUACGAGGAGUAUCCUGGAUCUAAGUGCCGAUCAACUGGAAGAGAUGGCGAGUCGGGAUUUCGCGCAGGGAGGGAGAUAUGGGAAUCGGGUUGCGGGGAGUUUGGCUGUGAGGACGAAUCCGUAUGCGAAGAUGUGCGGGGCUAUUGUUAAGGAAGCGAUGAGGAAGGAGAUUGAGAGUAGUCGGUUUUGUUGA